GGUGUUUUUCCGUCGAACAUCUACUUCCGGCAGGUCACCACCAGCCGCAAACCAGCGAAAGUGUUGCUUUUUGAAAUCUGUACUUAAAAAAAAAAAACUCUGUACCAUUACUUCUUCCGAUCUAGCUAUUUUAAUACUCUGAGAAGCAACCUCCGGAUUUUAUCUGAGCACGAUCGGACGCUUUCGCCUGGUGGAUUGUUUUGUUUUUAUUUUUUUUGUAGUUGUUAGCCUUCUAAGCUAACCCGGGGCUAGCUCCUCAGCUGACACCGAAACCGAGCGGCUAUUUCGGGAACAUUCACCUGUAAACCCUGCCCCAUUAGCCUACGUUUUGGAAUAUCGUGGCUGUGACGGAUAACCCACGUUUCUACACAUUUCCCAUGUCGGUUUUGGUGCUCGUUUUAAUGUUUUAAUGGGAGGCUGGUCGCUGCGGGGUGGACAUUGUUGGAGCGGUUUGAGAAAGAGAAAGCCGCGGCUCGGAUGGAGUCCCUGGCCGGGUACGUGUACAAAGCAGCCAGCGAGGGCCGAGUGCUGACACUGGCCGCGCUGCUACUCAACCACUCGGAGGCAGAGACCAAGUUCCUGCUCAGUUAUGUGACCCAAUUGUCCGGACAGAGAUCCACUCCGCUGAUCAUCGCUGCUAGAAACGGGCACGAGAAGGUGGUGCGGCUGCUGUUGGAUCAUUACCGGGUGGACACCGAGCAGACCGGAACCGUGCGCUUUGACGGAUAUGUGAUUGAUGGAGCGACAGCCCUGUGGUGUGCGGCAGGAGCAGGACACUUUGAGGUGGUUCGUCUCCUGGUCGGACAUGAGGCUAAUGUGAACCACACCACCAUCACUAAUUCCACCCCCCUCAGAGCCGCCUGCUUCGACGGACGCCUUGACAUCGUGCGCUACCUAGUGGAGCAUAAGGCCGACAUCAACAUCACAAACAAAUACAACAAUACAUGUCUGAUGAUCGCUGCAUACAAGGGCCACACGGACGUGGUGCGGUUUUUGCUGGAGAGAGGAGCCGACCCCAAUGCCAAGGCUCAUUGUGGGGCCACAGCACUGCACUUUGCCGCAGAGGCUGGGCAUUUGGACAUUGUGAAGGAGCUCGUGAGUCGACAGGCUGCUAUAGUGGAGAAUGGACAUGGCAUGACCCCCCUGAAGGUGGCGGCAGAGAGCUGUAAGGCUGAUGUUGUGGAGCUGUUGUUGGCUCACGCAGACUGUGACCCUGAGAGCAGGAUUGAGGCUCUGGAGUUGCUCGGGGCAUCUUUCGCCAAUGACCGAGAAAACUACGACAUCCAGAAAACAUACCACUACCUCCACGCUGCCAUGACCGAGCGCCACAGGGACCCAGAGCGGCUCAUCCUGAAGCAGAGGCUACCUCCAGUGGAGGCGUAUGGCCGACGCAGGGAGUGUGAGACUCUGGAGGAGCUGGAGAACAUCCGUGUGGACCGGGAUGCGCUGCACAUGGAGGGGCUGAUGAUCCGAGAGAGGAUUCUAGGCUCAGACAACAUCGAUGUGUCCCACCCGAUCAUCUACAGAGGAGCGGUGUAUGCUGACAGCAUGGAGUUUGACCACUGCAUCAAACUGUGGCUGCAUGCGCUGCGGCUGCGGCAAAGAGGCAACAGAAACACUCAUAAGGACCUGCUGAGGUUUGCCCAGGUCUUCUCUCAGAUGGUGCACCUUCGAGAGCCUCUGAACGCUGUGUCUGUGGAGCAGGUCAUGAGCUGCUCUGUGCUGGAAAUCCAGCGCAGCGUCAGCCGCGUCGACUCUGCAACUGAGGCGGAGCUGCCUCAGGCUCUGGACAACUACGAGUCUAACAUCUUCACCUUCCUGUACCUGGCCUGUAUCUCCACCAAGACGAACUGCAGCGAGGAGCAGCGUGCGCGCAUGAACAAGCACAUCUAUGACCUGAUCCAACUGGACCCACGCUCUCGAGACGGCUCCACUCUUCUGCAUCUGGCCAUCAGCUCCUCCACUCCUGUGGACGACUUCCACACCAAUGACGUGUGCAGCUUUCCCAAUGCGCAGGUCACCAAACUGCUGUUAGACUGCGGCGCUGCGGUCAACGCAGUCGACCAUGAAGGCAACACGCCUCUGCAUGUUAUUGUGCAGUACAACCGGCCAAUCAGUGACUUCCUGACGCUUCACGCCAUCAUUAUAAACCUGGUGGAGGCAGGCGCACACACGGACAUGGCCAAUAAGCAGAAGAAAACUCCUCUGGACAAAAGCACGACGGGAGUGUCUGAGAUCCUGCUCAAGACUCAGAUGAAAAUGAGUUUAAAGUGUCUGGCUGCGCGUGCUGUCAGGCAGCACCACAUUACUUACCGCAACCAGAUCCCCAAAACCCUCGAGGAGUUUGUGGAGUUUCACUAAAGGAACUUUUUCUAACAAGGCCAAUGGUGCUGUGGAGCACAGAUUAAAAAUUACACAUUUUAACCUUUUUAUAAAAGAGAAAGUGUUCUUUUUAUUCCAAGUAUUAACUGGUGAUGCUGUUGUUUUGCCUUAGCUCUGUGUCGCUGCCAUCUGACUGUGGCGAGUGAAUGUGCCUCUCAUCAGUCCACUGUAACCAAUCAGGUUUUAGUUUAACCUUAUUCUAAUUAUUUUAACUCUGUUUUUAUUAUUGUAAGGCUCCCUUCGUUUCAAACUUGAUGCAGUUUUCUUUGAAAAUCGAAGGUAAAAUAUGUCAAACUUAUGGCAGCCAUAGAGUUCAUAGUUAAUUUAUUUUUAUGAGAUAUAAUCACCUUAUGCUUAUAAUGAACUUUGCACAUUUUCAUUGUAGACCGUGUGAUCUGAAUGGGCCAAUCACAGACAUUAAACAACAAUGAUAAACAAUGAUUUUGGGUGCCCUGAUCUGUCUGUCCAUUACAUGCAAAUGUGAAAAUUGCCUUCAUGUAUGUAUUAAAAUACAACCAUGACAGAACCCAG